UUCAUAUUUUGUAGUAAUGACAACCCUAUGCAGUUGUGUGGUGGAUGCGCUAAUAUGUGAGUUCACCGAUUUUAGUUUGUGUCCUCCACUCGGCACUAACUGCUCCAAUCCCAUGAACGAAUGUGUUGUGGGAAAAGGGCAAGCGUAUUGUUAUGCCACUUGGUAUAACAAUACGUUAUUCAAUGAAGUGGCUAUACAGUUUAAGGGUUGCAUUUACUCACACCACGACGACUGUGAAAAAACGGAAUGUGUGGAAACGAAUAGUUUUCGUUCCAAAAAGGUCAAUCUGAGUUGCUGCUGUAAUAUGGAUGGUUGCAACUCAGAUAUUCGAUGGAACCCGGACACUAUUAAUACUGAACCAAGUGCUCAAAUAGUGAAAAAAGUGUUGGUUGAGACGGCCUGUUAUUUGAUGUUCUUCUGUGCUAUGUAUGUAGCAUACAAACUAUAUCAAUAUUGUUUUCCAAAUAGCAACAACUCAAGGCCGUCCAUCGAUCCACCAAUAGAAUUAAAUGAGAUUUCUUCGACUAGUAGCUUGGGGAAUGGACUUUCUCUAGGAUUAGUUGAGGUUAUUUCAAGGGGUCGUUAUGGUGUAAUAUGGAAAGCAAUUUAUAAUAAUGAUAUAGUAGCUGUUAAAAUAUACCCUCCUCAGGGUGAAAAGUCAUGGUUGAUAGAACAAGAGAUUUAUCAGUUACCAAGCAUGCAACAUGACAAUAUACUGUUCUUCAUUGGGGCUGAAGAUCGUUCUAAUGCAAUUGAAGCAGCCAAAAGUGAAUAUUGGCUGAUCACUGCUUAUCACGAAUGUGGAUCACUAUGUGACUAUUUAAAAUCUAAUACAUUAACUUGGAAUCAGCUUUGUCAUAUUACCCAUUCCAUGGCAAGAGGUUUGAUGCAUUUACAUGAAGAAUAUCGAUUAGAACCUGUAGGUCAAUGUAAGCCAAUCAUUAGACCAAGAAUUGUUCACAGAGAUCUGAAAAGCAAAAAUGUUCUACUAAAACAUGAUUUAACUGCAUGUAUUUCUGAUUUUGGUGUCGCUGUGGUUUUGCCGCAACAUGGCAACUUAUGUGGUGAUGUACAUACACGGGUUGGCUUAUCACGAUACAUGGCACCAGAAGUACUAGAUGGAUCCAUCGAUUAUUCAAGGAAUAAAACAUUUUUAAGUGUAGACAUGUAUGCAUGUGGAUUAAUAUUAUGGGAAUUGGCAACUAGAUGUACAGCACAACUAGGAGCUGUACCAGAAUAUAGGUUACCUUUUGAAGAAGAAAUUGGACAAGAUUCGUCAUUUCAAGAUAUAAUAGAAUGUAUAGUGAAUAAACGGUUAAGGCCAGCUUUUAAAGAUAACUGGAAGAAAUCACAUUCAGGCUUAAAAGAAUUAUGUCAAAUAAUUGAAGAAUGUUGGACACAUUGUCCCGAAGAUAGAUUAACGGCCAUGGAAUUCUUGUAUCGCUGCCCCGGAAAGCAAGAUAGUCUAAAUGAAGCCCAUUGGAAUGAUUGGUCCCUCAAUCUACCAAUAGAAAUAGAUGAGAUUCCAUCGACUAGUUGAGGAAAUUUCAAGGGGUCGCUAUAGUAUAAUAUGGAAAGCACUUCAUAAGAAUGAUACAGUAGCUAUUAAAAUAUUCCCUCCUCAGGUGACAUAAGGAAAUUUACCAUUAAAAAAUUAAAUACACUGAAGAUAUAAUUUUUAUAGACGGUCCGUCGGCCUAUAGGUAUUAGUAAAUAUAUUUUAUGAUAUAUUUAUAUUGUUAUUAAAGUUAUUUAUUAUUUAUUAUGUUUCUUUUUCAUUUUCUACCUCCUCAAUAAAUUAUGGUUUAAAUUAUCAACUUGUUUAUACUACUUACAUUGAAUGUACAUAGUCAAUUCUGACCCAUCCUCUUCAUUUUCGUAAAGACUUAUGUAUUUGUUAAGUGAUAUAUUAUAUUAUCUUAUUAUUUAAA